AUGUCCAAUCAUAUCCAGAACAUCGCAAUCGUCGGAGCAGGCGGUAGUCUUGGAAGCGAGAUUCUAGCCGCGAUUCUAGCCCAGUCGCCUUCCCUCAACUUCAAGGUCAAAAUCAUCACUCGACCAGGCUCAAGCAUUCUCACCUCCGCCCACUCAAGCAACUCAUCUAUCACGUUUGCAGUUGGCGACUAUGACGAUCAUUCCUUCCUAGUUGGUGCGCUGACGGGCCAAGAGGUGCUCAUUAUCGCUCUAGGUUUUACUGCGAGCCACAAGUACCAGCCUCUAUUCAUCAAAGCCGCUGCCGAAGCCAAGGUUCAGUACGUCUUGCCGACCGAAUUUGGGAGUGACACGACCAACCCCAAGAUCAUCGAAUAUCAUCCUUCAGCCCAUGAGAAGGUGGCUGCCAGAAAGCUGGUAGAGGAGCUUGGUGUCAGCAGCUGGAUCGCUAUCAUCUGCAGUUCGUGGUACGACUGGAACACCAAAGGCGGAUACUUUGGCAUUGACAUCAAAGCCAAGAGGGCUGUUCUGUUUGACGGUGGCGAGCAGAAGACCGUACUGAGCACAAUUCCCUUUGCUGCACUCGCCACCGCCAAGGUUCUCAGUUUGCCAAAGACGGCCAUGGUCGAAGGAAAGCCUUCCUUGGAAUGGUACAGAAACAAGCCUGUCUUCGUCAACUGCUUUCGCGUCAGCCAGAAGGACAUGUUGGCUUCCAUUCAGAAGGUCGUUGGAGCAGGUGGGUGGGAGAUCAGCCAGAAGCCCACCAUGACGCAUUACACCGAGGGCAAAGAGCGGCUUGCAAAGGGCGACUUUAUGGGAAUCUUGAAUUUGCUGAGUGCCAGCCAGUUCAUGGACGGGGUGGGAACUUCAUUGAGCGGUCCCCAGCAGAAGGAGAUCCUGGGAUUGCCUCCGGUGGACUUUGAUGAGACGACGCGGCAAAUUGUCGAGGACGUCUUAGCUAGUGAGAAAUGA